CUGUGCAAACGGCCCUUACCCAAGUCCGACCAUGGAGGAAGGAUUAGUUCGACUCAGUUGAGUUCUGUUUAUAAAUACGUACUCAAAACAAUUACAAGAGGUCGAAUAGCCCUGGUAGCUGAGACCGAUAAUUAUUGAAAAGAAGAUGUUAAAUCUGUGCUAUAGAAAAAUUUUACGAUUUCGUCAAUUAAGUUAUGUUAGAACAUAUACUCAACAAAAAGAAAAUACGUCACCCAAGAACGAUGAACCUCUUUCUAAAAUUUCAGAAACAUUUAGUAGACAAGGAGACAAUGGAACAUCUAAAACUAUAAAUGGAGACAUAUUACCCAAAGAUAGUCAAGUUUUUAAUGCAAUUGGUGCUACAGAAGAGCUUUUAAGUUAUAUUGGCUUAGCACGUGAACAUGCAAAUGAAUCUGAGCAACAGUAUACAGACAAAUUAAAAAGAAUUCAAACAAUAAUUAUUGACUUAAGCACAGCAAUAUCCAAAUCUUGCACCAAUACAGCUAUUUCACCAACAUAUACAAAAGAACUAGAGGAUUGGAUACAGGAAUAUUCUAAACAACUACCAGCUCCUGAACAAUAUAUCAUACCAGGAGGAGGAGUAGCAAGUGCCUCUCUACAUGUAGCAAGAGCAAUUUGUAGAAAAACUGAAAGAGUAAUAGUACCACUAGUGCGACAAGGAUGUUUAGAUAAGGAGGCUCAAAUUUAUUUAAAUCGCUUGUCUGAUUUUUUGUUUACAGUGUCUCGAAUAGCUGCCAAACAUGACCAAAGAGCUGAGAGUAUUUAUAUUCCCAAACAAGACCAAACUAUUCAAGCACAGUAAAUAAAAUUAAUCCCAAGUUUAAAAUUUCAACACAAGUACAAACGUGUUUAUACCUAUACUGUAUAUAAUUUAGUGUAGCAUUGGCAGGUUUCGUUUGCUUUACUAACCUCCAUGCAAGACAUGGGAAUCAGUAGUAGACCAAGCGCUCAAGAAUGAGGAUUCGUCGUAGACAGGAGCAAAAAGAUGCUUUAGACAUCAUGGAUGAUACCAACAUUCUUUAUGGACCUGGCAUCGAUGAUUCAGUGUGAGAUGAUCCAGCACCGAGUUAGGAGGGGCAUCGCAAUUCUACUUUUUUCCGAAACGCUUCCGAAUAAUUGCUGCCAUUUCCGUAUUUUUUAAUAUUUCUUCAUGAAAAUUUGACACAAUAUUCUUUGAAUCUUAUACUUUAAUGUAACAUUGGUUUUAAUAA